AUGCCACAAAAUACCUCAACAAUCCUACUGGGGGACUUCAAUCGCCACCACCCAGCCUGGGACGACCCAAGAAACAAGCACCUGCUCACCGACAAAUAUGUAGAAGCCGCCAAACCGCUAGUUCAACUCGUGGAAGAAUGCUUGCUCAAGAUGGCGCUGCCAGAAUUCACCCCAACACAUAAACAUUUGGUAUCAAAAAAGCUAUCCCGCCUAGAUAAUGUUUUUGUUUCAGAUUCCCUAUACAACCACCUUAUUGAAUGCAAAGCUUACCCGGACCGCCAACCGGUAUCAACCAAUCAUUUCCCCAUUGUCACAAAGCUUGACCUCACCCUUGAGAAGGCCAAAGAAACACUCAGACAAUCCUUCACCAACACCGACUGGGAGAAGUUCAAUAAAUUACUCACAGAGAAGUUGAAGAUGCUCUUGACGGAAGUUAUAGAGACCAUAGCUGAGUUUGACGCACGCCUUGAUGCACUAACCAAGGCCAUACUAGACACAAUAGAAGCCGUAGUCCCAUAUGCAAGAAUCACCUCAUACUGCAAGCAAUGGUGGACCAAGGAGCUCUCCAAGCUCAGGGCCCAAAGAUUCAACCUAGGGUAUCAAGCCAGCCGCCGGGAGGAUACACCCAAGGACCCAAUCCAUCAAGAGCUUGAAUUAGCGUCAAAGCUAUACAAACUUGCACUUGAGAACGCCAAAGCUAAGUGCUGGAAUGACUUUAUUGACAUGGCAGAAGCCAAAGCCCUAUGGAACGCAUACAAGUGGAUGAGAGGUCAAGAAGAAAAUGCUGGCAAUGCGCAAAUUCCGACUCUGCGCGCCACGGCUCCAAACGGCUCAACAACCCUAUUCUCAACCAAUGAGGAAAAGAGCGCGGCACUCUAUCAAACCUUCUUCCCAACACCGCCACCAAUCAACGUCCUGACCCACGCGUACCCAGAUGAAAUCAAGGAAUUCCAACCAAUCACCAAAAAGGAGAUCUUUGAGGUUAUACGGGAGCUGAAACCCAACAAAGCCCCCGGUCCAGACAGCAUCCCAAACUGCGUGUUUGUCAACAACGCCGCAGCCCUUGUCCCACACCUGCUCCCAAUCUACCUGUUAUACCCAGAGAACCCUAAAGAAGCUACUUCUUUACUUAGCUUGGAAAUUGGGAAAUCUUCCAACACAGACUCUGCUCAGCACCAGAGUCUCAACCUCUUUUCCCCCAAUUUACAACACUACCAAGCCACAUUCCGUCUCAAAUAUUACCCCAAAACAUGGAAGAAAUCCGCCACAAUGGUCCUUCAAAAACCAGGGCGCCCGGACUACACAGUCACCAAGGCAUACAGACCCAUUGCCCUUCUCAAUGUCAUAUCAAAAAUCCUCUCUGCCUGCAUUGCUAACCAUCUGAACACCAUAGUUGAAACCCAUGACCUACUCCCGGCACACCACUUUGGGGGCCACGCCAGCCGCACAACCACCAACUUGAUGCACCUCCUCCACCAAUUUGUCAAGGAUGCAUGGAGAAGGAAGAAAGUGGUUGCAGGGCUUUUCCUUGACGUAACCAGGGCCUUUCCCAAUGCAAGCCCUGCCAUGCUCACACACAACAUGCGGAAGCUUGGCAUCCCCUUGGCUAUAGUCAACUGGACUGCUAGGAAACUGGAGGGAAGAGGAACAACUAUGAAAUUCAAUGACUUCAAAUCCAAGCCGUUUGAAAUCCAACAUGGGAUUGACCAAGGAUGCCUGCUCUUGUGCAUUUUCUACCUCAUAUACAACAGUGACCUGAUUAAGGUAGCCCAAAGCACCAGAGGUGAACUGGCAGUAGGAUAUAUUGAUGACGUUGCCUUCUUGGCAGAGGGCGUUGAUUUCACACAGGCAAAUGCAAAGCUGAAAAGGAUGAUGGAAAGGAAAGGUGGCGCUCUCAAAUGGGCUCAAACACACACCUUGGAUUUUGCUCUGGAAAAAACUGCACUUGUUCAAUUCAACCGUUACCUCUGGGUGGAUCCCUGUCCAGUCACUAUUGGGGGAGUUGAGGUCAAACCCAAGCCAUCUCACAAAUUUUUAGGGGUUAUUUUUGAUGCUAAACUCACCUGGGGAGAGCAAUGCUUGGCGGUAUUGAGGAAGGCCACAAAAUGGGCACACAUGGUUAAAAGGGUAUGUCACGUCCAAAAUGGCCUCAAAUCCUUGUCUGCAAGGAGACUACAUGACAGUGUUUUUAUUGCAAAAGUGACAUAUGCUGCUGAUAUUUGGUGGGAGCCUACAGGGAAAAAAGGACAAGGCAAAAAGAGAACAGGAGCAGUAGGAUUUACUAAACACCUGCAGUCCGCACAAAGAAUUGUGGCCCUUGCAAUCACCGGAGCCCUCUGCACCACACCUACCAACACAGUGCUAGCACAUGCAGGUAUUUUUCCCAUCAAGCUCAAGCUACGGAAGGCAAGCCACCAAGCCGCAGUCCAACUUGCAGGCAUUCCCUUGACUCACCCACUACAAGCCAAGAUCAACGCCAAAACAAAAACGCUCAAAAAAUCCAAGACUCACCACUCAACAAUCCGGAAACUGCUAGUCAACACAGGAGUCAACCCGGCCAAUUACGCAACCAACCCUCAAUUCAACACCCUACCCCUGGCCCUCAAGCUGCUCAAUCCCUAUGUUGCGCCAGGGGGGACGGAUGAGGCCAUUGCAGACAAGUCAACACUCAAACCUACAGUAAAGAUUUUUUUGGACAGAUCAAUGGUUGGAGGUAACGUGGGAGCUGCAGCGGUGCUCAUAUGCAAAGGAAAGGAGGAGGUGGUUGCAAGGAAAUAUGUUGGAUUGGACAGGGAGCAUGAGGUGUACAAGGCAGAGGUUGUUGGUGUUGUAAAUUGGGGGAAAAGAGGUUGA